UGAGGCAAAGCCCUCGCUCAUUUGCAACCCUGCCCCAAGAGGGGACAUGAAAAUUGUUGUAAAAGCUUGAUGGCUCUCUCAUGGUGAAAUCAAAAGACUGAUAUCACGCCUGCAAAAAAUUCCCAAAAAAAUGUCAAGCAAGCUUCACGCUUAUCGAGCGCUCAUCCUAACCCAUCUACGUUCUCACCAGCCCAACAGCCAUCUCCGUUUAUUGCACCAUGGCCCAGACACGGUGGAGGAGCUAUUGGACAGACACGUGGUGAAGAAAGAAAACAGCUUGGAUGAUGACGAAAACGAGCUCUUGACUCGCCAACGACUCACCAGCACCCGUCGCGAGGCGCUGAGUCUCUACCGAGACAUCAUCCGGGCCAGCCGUUUCUUCAUGUGGCCGGACUCCCGGGGCGUUCUCUGGCGGGAUGUUCUUAGAGAGAAUGCCCGGAAAGAGUUCGAGGAGGCCCGUUUCGAAAAAGAUCCGGAAAUUAUCACCCGGUUACUAAUUGGUGGUCGUGAUGCCGUCCAAGCCGCGCUUGAUAAGCUUGUGGAGAAACAGAAGCAGCAGAUUGAAAAAGAACGAAACGAUUCUACUGGUCCCCGAUGACUUUGGGUUGACCACCGUGAUUGGCAUUGCAAUGGUAAACAAAAGCUAUGUCUACACCAGACUUAAAGAAAAACCCUUUUGAAGGUUGCGGUGAUUGGCUGCUAAGAAUUCCAUGAUGUCAAGGGUGACAACGGAUGAGCAAUGACCUAAUCAGAGAGCAAGGAGUUGCACAUCUACCAUACUAUAAAGUUGAUGAGUGCUCUUUUUUUUUGUUUAUGCAUUCAAUAUUCUAACCCCUUCUCAUCUCAAUUUUGAGCUUGGACGCCUAUCAGCUCCUUUCUGUAAGCGUUGUGUUAGUCCUCUUCUUCCAUCCCUGUCACCCCUCUUUCACUCAGAACAAUACUAUUGUAAUGUUCCUCCGGUAACCAAUCUUGUAAUUGAGUAAACCGGGGCGUGCCAGGCUCUUUUUUUAGGUGAAAAACUAGCCUUUUCCCCUCCCACGGGUUGCGUUUAAAAUAUCGAAGUAGUUUCGACUUGGGAUGUUGUGGUACUGAAAAAGUAACUUCGGGAUCUUGAUUUGCAAAUGCAGAUUUAUGUUAAUAUUCUGGUUUCAGCAGAUCAGCAAAGAAGCAACAGCCUGCAGCAACGAUGCAGUUUUGACACAAGAAGAAGAGAAAAAGGAAGGGCAAAUUAUGCGCUCUCCAAUAGUUCAUGUACAGAGAAUAUGUUUGAUACAUAGGAACAAAUGCCGGAUCCUUGUCUUUUUGUUUUUUUUUUUUUUGGGGUCCUUCUAUUUUCUGCACAUAGUGACAGUUAUCAGAAUGCCAAUUAGUUUGGAUGCACUGCUAGCAGUUUUCAGAAACUCCCCUCUUCCUGAUUUCUGUUCGUGUGAAGUUUGUAUGAUUGAGGUCCUUCAGCUGAAGCUAGCGGGACCUUUUUUAAAGUUUGAGGGCCACCAAAAAUGGUCAUAAGUUUCCUCGA